AGGAAAGAAAAAGAAAGAAAGGGCCCUCCUCCAAGUUGCAGCAUAACCAGACAAGAAGAACAAACAACAACAACCACAUUCAUAUGCUUUACAGCCAAACCACAGUACAGCACCAACAACAACAAGAACAAGACCAAAGAACAAGAAGAAACUGAAAACCCCCGCUUGUUAUCCUUAUUCUCUACUUCAUCGUUUGGAACUAUAUUUAAGGAUGGACUAGUACUGCCUGUAGUGGGUUUUGCUUGCUUUGUGUUUGAUGAUUGUUUGGUAAGAUGUUAAGACUUUCUCUGUCGGCAAAAGGUCGUAAUCUGUCGGCAUUGUUGCCAGUUUAAGAAGAGUGUUAAGAUAAUGAUUAUGAUGAUGAAGAGAGGAAGAGGAAGAGGAGGACAAAGAGAAGAAUAAAAGAUCUUAUUAUUUCCAUAUUUGACUUGGAAGCCAGUCAGGGGAGGUUAUCUUCCGAUUUAUCACUUAGUAAUUCAAGUUGGGUGUUAUUGAACAAGCUAGUUUGCUUGACCUGGGUAUUUCUCCAUUUCUUCAUUGGAGGUUUAUAUUGAUUAGAAUCAGGUAGAAAGAUUACAGAGAAUGGAAUGUAGGUUAGAUGUUUAGGCAUAUAUUCAGUGAGGAUAGUGUUCUUCAUAGCUGAGCUGGGUUCCCAACCAAAUGUCAAAGACUCUUGCAGCAAUACUGGGAGGUGCUGCAGGAGCCGUGGCAUUGGUGGGGAUUAUAAUCUUUUUGUGGUUCUGUCUAUUUCGUAACAAGACUAUCUCAAGAACUUCUGAGUCGGGGUCUUCUGAUCCAUCUGUUCAAGUGGGAAGAAAUGUUGGCACCGAGUUGUCUUUACGGGGUGGCAUGAAUCUACAAUCUGAAGCAAGGCGUUUUGCACUGGAAGAAUUGGCUGCGGCAACAAAGAAUUUUAGUGACAUAAAUUUGAUUGGUAAUGGAAAAUUUGGUGAUGUGUAUAAGGGUUUGCUUCAAGAUGGGAUGAUUGUGGCCAUUAAAAAACGGCCAGGUGCACCUAGUCAGGAAUUCGUAGUAGAGGUUCGUUACCUUUCGUCUAUUCAGCAUCGGAACCUCGUCAGUCUUUUGGGAUAUUGCCAGGAAAAUAAUCAGCAAAUGCUCAUCUAUGAGUACAUACCCAAUGGAAGUGUUUCUAGUCACUUAAAUGGGGCAUCUGAGGUUCCUGAGGAGAAGCUAGAAUUCAAGCAUAGGCUUCCAAUAGCUCUUGGAGCAGCUAAAGGUUUAGCCCACCUGCACACUAUGAGUCCUCCCUUGGUACAUAAGAAUUUCAAAACAGCGAACGUCCUUGUGGAUGAAAAUUUCAUUGCUAAAGUUGCAGAUGCGGGAAUUCGCAAUUUACUCGGUAGAGUUGACAUGGCAGGAACAUCCUCUCAAGUGAUGGCUGAUCAUAUAUUCCUUGCUCCAGAGGUGAGAGAGUUCGGAAGAUUCUCCGAGAGAAGUGAUGUAUACAGCUUUGGAGUAUUCUUGCUGGAGUUGGUAAGCGGGAGGGAAGCGAUGCAGUCUUCAGAGUCUGAUCAGAGCCUAGUUGAAUGGGUGCAAAAUUAUCAGGACUGGAGCCAUUUAUCAACAAUCAUAGAUCACAAACUGGGUAGCAGUUACACAGCUGAAGUGAUGAAAGAAUUUAUACAGUUGACAGCACAGUGCGUGGAUACAUCUAGUCAGAGACGGCCAACCAUGAACCAUGUUGCUACGGAGCUAGAUAGAAUCUUAGAGAAAGAAAGGAGCUUGACUACCAUCAUGGGCGAAGGAACCCCAAUCUUUACCCUUGGGAGCCAACUAUUUACUACAACGGCAACUACUGCUAGUUUCAGAUAACUACAAUUCAGAUUCAGAAACGGUGAAGAAACCUCAUACAUGCAUAUAGCUUUUCUUUUUUCCCUUCAAACUGUAGAGUUAAAAAAAAAUGUUCAGCUGUUUGGCAAGUGUAAAAAGAACAGCUUUGUUUCUUUUCUUUUUAUCAUUAUUGUGGUCAUUUUACCCAAUUCAUUGUGUUGAGAUAUGAAAUCAUGUUAUAUGAACUAACUAAAUAUCGGUUCGAUUUUCAUUUUUCGUUCUUCGACUGCACUGCUAUGUAUAACAUUUAUUAUUUAUUGUUAAAUACACAAUAUACUGAA